AUGGUGAGAGGAUUACCAGAGGAUAUGGGACAGCCAUUGUCCUGGGCGGAUAGCGGGCAGUCGAUCCUCAAGCUGAACAUCCGCCAUCUGUGGUUCUGCGGCGCGUGGCCACUCCCUGGUUCCUGGAUGUUUAACAUGUACGGCGCUUUCAUCCUCGUACUGGGCAUCUGGAACGCAGUAGAGAGUUUACUGUCCCUCUACUUUUGCUGGGGAGACAUGGAUGAGAUGACGAUGGUGUUCAUCAGCACCUUCACCAAUGCCUGCGGCACCGUCAAGAUGGUCUUUUUCAUGCCCAAUCGGCGACAUUACUAUGCGCUGGCUCGACAUGUGGAGAAGCUUGCGUCCAUGCAAAGUGAAUUCUGUUCGGCAGACCCUGUCCUGGCUGACAUUUGGCAGGGCUCCCAGAGGCGUGCAUCCCGCCUCACCUUAGGAUUGCUGUUCUUAAUGUUCUCGCAGUACCCUGUGUGGUUCCCCAUGCCGAUCAUUGCGCAACCAGAAGACCGGCGGCUGCCGUUCGCUCAGCACGGGUGGGACAACAACACCAACUACUACGAGCUGUCGUACGUCGUACAGUGCGUGCUAUCGACGUUCGCAACCCAGCUCAGCAACGGCGUGGACUUACUCUUCGCUACCGUCAUGAUCCUGACGGCUGCGCAGAUGCAGAUUCUUACAGUGCGCAUUGCCAGUCUGAAAACGGAAUACACUGAAGUGAAACUAGAAAAAGGGCUCAGUGUCAUGGCCUAUCAGACGCAGAAUACUUGCGAUGAUAAAAUGUACGAAAAAUUGUGUCAGUGCAUUGGAAAUCACCAGAAAAUCCUCAGGUUCGUCAAACAGUUAGAGAAGACAAUGAGCUCAAUUGCAAUUAUGCAAUUCUGCUUCAGCGUUCUCAGCAUAUGUGUGACAUUAUUUCAAGCAACAUAUAGCACGGAUUUCAGCUCAGUGCUAAAAUGCGCCUGCUACCUUCCUGUACCCACUGGUCAGAUCUUCUUGUAUUGCUGGGGAGCACACAACAUUACCGAACAGGCGGAGGCGGUGACGCUGGCAGCGUACAGCUGUUCAUGGCUGGGGGCGAGCCCACGUUUCAAGCGCGCCCUGAGAAUCCUCAUGUGUCGCGCUCAGAAGCCGCUGGUUCUCACCGCUGCGCACCUCUACCCCAUGAGCAGGGAAGCAUUCGUCUCGGUGGUGAAUGCCUCUUAUUCAUUCUAUGCAUUGUUGGGUCAGAUGAACAGACGAUAG